CAAACCAUUGAACAUUUCUUCUACUACUUUCGCUCCGUCCUCACCUAAUAUGUUCACAUUUGUCUAAUUAUCAAUAUUUUUUUGUUGUUCAUUUACCUUGACUGUAAUCCUAUUGGGCUUCUUAAAAUACCAAUUUGUACAAGAGGUGUUGUCAUUGUUGUACUUUCAAUUUGUUUCAGUUUGAUCCCCCGGGGAUUGUAUUAUCAUGGCACUGUUUUAUUUUGGUUUUAAUCGAGCCCCUUUUCAAAUAUGGGUUUGCUUUUCUUGUCGCCAUUAUUGUGGAGUAUUUAAACCCUCCCAGUCCCUGCAACCACCCUCUUUACAAAAGUCAAACUCGCCAAGCCCACCACUACAGCGAAACAUCUUCUUGUUUGUAUAUAUUUUUCUUUUUUCGUACGCAUGUUUUUUUAAUUCAUUGAGCGACAGCGACGGCUAUCGUCUGAUUUAGCAGCGAAUUCUCAAGCAUGCGUAAUGCCGACCUGGUCAGAAAGAUACCACCGUUCACAAGGUGUACUCAAUUUCAAACUAGUUGUUUCUCGCCCGAACUGCCCCCAUCUAAAUAUUCAACCGCAGCAGCCAUAACGUAUAUGCUUCCAUCAUUCUAAUAGAAUUUCAACUUUUCAGUUGGUUCCCAGUGUUGGGUACUAAUAGAAAUUUGAGUGUUCUGGCGUUCUGUGCGCUAUCUGGAUGUAUCCGUCAAGAGCUUGGACGUAUGGACUGCUUAUUGCUGCAUGGUUUUGUUGGUCUUCACUGCUUAUUGGAGCACAGAAUUCCACUGCAGGGAAUGGCAUUACCAGUCCCGUGGAAGUGACAGCAUUGCGGGCCAUCAGGAAAAGUUUGAUAGAUCCAAAUAAGAAUCUGAGUAAUUGGGAUCGAGGAGACCCAUGUACAUCAAAUUGGACAGGGGUUAUCUGCCACAAUGAUACAUUAGAGGAUGGUUAUCUACAUGUUGACCGAUUGCAACUAAUAAGAAUGAACUUGUCGGGACAAUUAUCACCGGAGCUUGGCCGCUUGUUGAAUAUGACAAUAUUGGACUUUAUGUGGAACAAAAUAAGUGGGAGUAUACCAAAGGAGAUAGGCAAUAUCAAAUCUUUGCUACUUUUGCUUCUGAAUGGAAACCAAUUAACAGGUCCCUUACCUGAAGAGCUAGGUCAUCUUCCAAAGUUGGACAGAAUACAAAUUGACCAGAACCACAUAUCAGGACCAAUACCCACAUCAUUUCAAUACCUGAGCCUAACAAAGCACUUUCACAUGAACAACAAUUCGAUUAGCGGGCAGAUCCCACCUGAGCUAUCCAGAUUACCGAAUCUUGUUCACUUCCUUCUUGAUAAUAACAAUUUAUCAGGGUCUCUUCCAGCAAACUUCUCCGAACUGCCAAAUUUACUUAUACUUCAACUUGAUAACAAUAACUUUGAUGGGACUUCAAUUCCAACUUCUUAUAGCAAGAUGUCUAAGUUGCUGAAGUUGAGCCUUAGGAACUGCAGCUUGCAAGGACCAAUUCCUGAUUUGAGCCAAAUACCAAACCUUUAUUAUUUAGACCUCAGUUCAAAUCAGCUAAGUGGAUCCAUACCUGCGAAUAGGCUCGCUAAGAAUAUCACGGCUAUCUAUUUAUCCAACAACAAUCUUAGUGGACCAAUUCCCGACAACUUUUCAAGUCUUUCUCGUCUUCAGAUACUGUCAAUUGCGAACAAUUCAUUGAAUGGCUCCAUUCCCUCCACCAUUUGGCAAAAUAAGACUUUGAACUCGACGGAAAGCCUUAUAGUGGAAUUGCAGAAUAAUGGUUUUGUGAAUAUUACAGGCAGCACUGAUCUACCUCAGAAUGUCUCUGUCUGGCUUCAAGGGAACCCCUUUUGCUCAAACACCAACCUAGCCAACCAAACCCUGUAUUGUGGAUCUGAAAGUGAGGAUCGAUAUAACGGUCAGGGACCAACAAAUGACGCUUUGAACUGUCCAGGAUGCCCACCCCCUUAUGAACAUCCCCCUACAUCUCCUCAAAAUUGUUCAUGUGCUGCCCCUCUGUUUGUUGGAUAUCGAUUGAAAAGUCCUGGAUUCUCAGAUUUUCGUCCGUACGUAAAUAUGUUUGAGCAGUACAUGACAUCUGGUCUUGAGAUAUUACCUUAUCAGCUGUAUCUUGAUACAUUUGCAUGGGAAAGUGGACCUCGACUGAGAAUGUUCUUGAAGCUCUUUCCAGAUGCAUUUGAUAUCAACAAUUCAUUUACCUUCAAUCGGAGGGAGGUUCGGCGAAUCAUGGACAAAUUCACAACAUGGAGUAUUCCUGAUAGUGACCUAUUUGGACCUUACGAACUUAUGAACUUCACUCUAUCGUCCGUUUAUAUAGAUGUGGUUGCCAAAUCUCCUGGGUCUACUUUAAGCAAAGGCGCAUUGGCUGGCAUAAUAUUGGGGACCAUUGCAGGUGCAGUUACAUUGUCUGCAAUUGUUUCUCUUCUGAUACUGAGAAAGCAUACCAAGAAGCACCAUGCAGUUUCGAAAAGACGUCGUUUGUCUAGGGCCUCAAUGAAAAUUGAUGGUGUGAAAGAUUUCACUUAUGGAGAAAUGGCUCUUGCUACAAACAAUUUUAACAUCUCGACUCAGGUUGGCCAAGGAGGGUAUGGAAAGGUUUAUAAAGGCAUUCUGGCUGAUGGUACAGUUGUGGCUAUAAAACGUGCACAAGAGGGAUCCUUACAAGGUGAAAAGGAGUUCUUAACAGAGAUAGAACUGUUGUCAAGGUUACAUCAUCGAAACCUAGUGUCUUUGAUUGGAUAUUGUGAUGAAGAAGGUGAACAGAUGUUGGUUUAUGAGUUUAUGCCAAAUGGUACUCUAAGGGAUCAGCUUUCUGCCAAGUCUAAAGAACCUAUGAGUUUUGAUAUGAGAUUGGGAAUUUCCCUGGGAUCAGCUAAGGGCAUCCUCUACUUACAUACAGAAGCUAAUCCUCCGAUAUUUCAUCGAGAUAUCAAGGCUAGCAACAUAUUAUUGGACUCUAACUAUACGGCAAAAGUUGCUGAUUUUGGACUUUCACGACUUGCCCCAGUUCCUAUUGAAGGGGUUGUGCCUGCUCAUGUGUCAACUGUUGUGAAGGGGACUCCUGGUUACCUAGAUCCGGAAUACUUCUUAACUCAUCAAUUGACCGACAAAAGUGAUGUUUAUAGUCUUGGUGUUGUAUUUCUAGAACUCCUCACUGGGAUGCAACCAAUCUCACAUGGCAAAAACAUUGUUAGAGAGGUUAAUGUUGCGCAUCAAUCUGGUAUGAUCUUUGGGAUUAUUGAUGGGCGAAUGGGUUCUUAUCCUUCUGACUGUGUGGUGAAAUUCUUGAGUUUGGCCCUCAAGUGUUGCCAAGAUGAGACAGAUGCACGGCCUUCAAUGGCGGAGGUGGUCCGAGAACUUGAAAAUAUAUGGGUUAUGAUGCCCGAUUCUGACAUCAGAAAGGCAGAUCCCAUGGUCGCCGAUGUUGUAAAGGAUAUGACUCCGCCAUCAUCAUCCUCCAAUGUGAAGAAUCCUUUUGUGUCGAUGGAUUUAUCAGGCAGCAACCUUGAUAGUGGAGUCGUCCCAACCAUCACGCCUAGAUAGAAACACAUUUGGCGAUAAUUGGUUGAUUUUGCUGUUUCCUGGAAACUUUGAAUUGAAUUUUUCCUUAUGAUCUUGGUUUAUGAUUUUGUGUAUAAUCUCUCACUCUCAUUUGUUACACUUUCUUUUUUGUGUAGCCUUUAUAGUUAUAACUGUAGAUUAUGACAGUGUUGCUAUAAAAAUUAAGAUUGUACUUUAAAGUA